AGUCGAUAUUCAAACGAUAUUCAAAAUCGAAAACGCUCAAAAGUUGGUGAAGUCUCUCUCGUGCAUCCUCAACCUUUCUUACUGGAACCAUCAUGGAAAAGGAUACGAAUUCCGUCAUGAAAUCGAACGAGCAAGACUUGAGGCCAGUCGAUUCUCUGGCGGACCACACGCCGUCGGAGAAUGAUGACCAUCAUGAUGUAGCAGCACCCCAAGCGCUAUUUCAGAAGCUCAGUAUACUAGACCGCUCGCUCACACCAGCCAUAUUGGUAUGCAUGAUCGUCGGGGUAGUCAUAGGCGAGUUUGUACCUGGUGUGCAGCCGGCGUUCGACACUGUCAAAUUCUACAGUGUCUCCGUUCCGAUUGCAAUUGGGCUCAUUGUUAUGAUGUGGCCUAUUCUCACCAAGGUCAGAUAUGAAGCCCUUUCGCGAAUAUUGUUGUCCAGGCGUUUGUGGAUGCAUAUGGGAAUUAGUAUGAUUCUGAACUGGAUCAUCGGCCCCCUUAUUAUGCUCGGUCUUGCAUGGGCUACGCUCCCCGACCUCCCGACGUACAGGACAGGCGUGAUCCUCGUUGGGCUCGCUCGUUGCAUUGCCAUGGUUAUGGUGUGGAAUCAGUUGGCCGGGGGGGACGCUGAAUACUGCGCAAUUCUCGUCGUUUUUAACUCGGUGCUCCAAAUCAUACUCUACUCACCCUAUGCCGUCUUGUUUGUGAACGUCGUUGGACACACCGAGCAGGGGGUUCAUCUUGCAUAUGGUUCGGUGGCGAUCUCAGUUCUCAUUUACCUUGGAAUUCCUCUCCUUGCUGGUGUUAUCACACGCUUCACAGUCAUCCGACUGAAAUCGAAGGAAUUCUUUGACAAGAGUUUUGCACCACGAUUUUCCCCGCUCUCCUUCAUCGGUCUCCUGUACACCAUCAUCGUUAUGUUUGCAUACCAAGGACACCACAUUGUGCAGAAUAUCGGUUCUGUUUUCCGGGUCUUCGUACCAAUGAUCCUAUAUUUUGUUGUCAUGUGGACGUCAGCCUUUGCGCUUGUGUUCUAUCUCGCUCGCCGAGAAUUUAGGAAAGGGAACACGGACAAUGGUGAUUUCACGUAUGAGCUGGCAGUAGUGCAGGCUUUUACCGCAGGAAGCAACAAUUUCGAGCUUGCAAUUGCAGUAGCAAUCGCUGUGUAUGGAGUGGGGUCGGAUCAGGCGUUGGCAGCGACCAUUGGGCCGUUAGUAGAGGUUCCUGUCCUUCUUUCACUCACCUGGGUGGCGCAAUAUUUGCGUGUUAGACUGCAGUGGGGGGCUCCAACGCAGUGCAAGAAUGGGAAAGUGUAGGUAUACUUACAGAUGAGUAUCUCAACCUAUUCCUGGCCCAUGGUUGGAGAUUACACCCCACAACACAAACGAUCUUCCAAGAAAUCGAUGAUAGAUUAGGUUGUUAUUUUUUGGACUUUGAUAGAAUCAUUUUCUUACCUACUUGUGGUGUUGUUCGACGGGCAGCUGCAUAUUUUUUGUAUAAGCAUGCUUUUUUCUUAAUCUUUAAGACGAACCCAGUCGCUGUUAUUUCUUUACACAACGACGGUGAGCUCGACAAUGUUUGGAUUCAAAUGUCGUGCUGCCAGAAUCCUUACUUCGAUUCAUCCAAUUCACCGUUAUCAGUUGGUAUAGUAAACAUGUCUUCAUGCACUGGGUGCUGAGGACCACACUGAUGGUGUGGAAUCUGAAUCAUGUCUAUCGUUCUCUCGAGAACAGUCCCAUCGACACCUC